CAGCGAGGCUCAGAUCACAGGAGAGGCGAGCAGACAGACGACGGGGCGUGUAUGGGAGACAACCGCUACAAGAUGUCACCUCUGAUUCUCCUCAGCCAAAUAGCAUUGUCCAUCGCCGCCCCCGCCAUUCAGUGUGAUCUUAGUAAAAUAGCCAUUGCUGGGGGUGCAUAUAAUCUGACCAAUGGUGCUAAUGUUGGCAGUAAGGUGGUGUACACCUGCCCUGAAGGACACUACCCGCACCCAUUUCCCUCACAAGAGUGCCUCUUCAACGGUCAAUGGUCGAAUGCGAAAGAAUACCAGUGUAGACCCGUGCAAUGCCCCAGACCAUUCGUGUUUGAAAAUGGAGAGUUCUAUCCCAGGAAAGCAAAAUAUUUGGUCGGGGACGUCCUGAACUUUGAGUGCUGGGAAAGAUUUGAAAUGUCUGGACCUGAAAAGCGCACUUGUCAGGCAAACGGAAAAUGGAGUGGAAUUGAUGCAAAAUGUGAUGAUAAAGAGGGUGACUGUCCAGACCCAGGGAUUCCUCUUGGGGCCACAAAAGUAGGUACUUUCUACAAUAUUGGAAUUAAAGUGACAUACAAAUGUGAGAAGGGGCUGCAGAUGUUCGGCUCGAAGGAGAGAGUAUGUAUGGAGAGCAAGCGCUGGUCCGGAGCUGAACCGUCCUGCAGAUAUUGGAAUACGUUUGAUACCCCAGAGGAAGUGGCGGAGAAUUUUGCUUUCUCCCUUUAUGAAACAAUUGAAUCUUUGACCCUGAAUACAAUAGACGAGUGGAAUCGCAGAACAAUAAGAGUGACGACAGGAGGUCUCAUAAAUAUCUUCAUUAUUCUUGAUGCCUCUGCAAAUGUAGGAGAAGACAACUUCAACAUCGCUAAGGAAGCAAGUGAAGUGUUCAUAGAAAAGAUGAGCAGCUUUGAUUUUACCCCUCGCUAUUCUAUCAUCUCGUACGCCACAGAGGCAAAACCCAUCAUUGAGCUCUCUGAAGAAGAGAGUAUAGAGGCUUACCAGGUCGUUGAACGGAUAAAUGCAUUUCAAUAUUUAGAGCAUAGAGAUACACAGGGAGCAAAUACUAAGGCAGCUCUGACUAAAGUUUACGAAAUGUUGUCUCUACAAAAUGUUAGAGAUCCUGACACUUUCCUGAAAACAAAAAAUGUUAUCAUGCUGCUCACACAUGGAAAACGUAAUAUGGGUGGAGACCCUACUGUGGAGGUGAAGAGGAUCAGAGAAAUUCUGAACAUUAAGGAGGACAGUGAACGGGAAGAUUAUCUAGAUAUCUACGUCUUUGGCCUCGGUCAUGACAUAAACCAUGAUGAAAUCAAUGAUAUUGCAUCCAAGAAAGAUCUUGAGAAACAUGUCUUUCAUAUGGAAACUGUAUAUUCUAUGAAGAAAGCCUUUGAAAAAAUGCUAGAUAGUGUAGAAAUUCCUCAAAUGUGUGGAUUGGCCAACAAUCCAUCUAUUAAUGAAAAAGCGGAAGUUCAGUUUCCCUGGAUUGCUAAAAUUACCAUCAUGCGUCUUGGUUCUCAAGAAACAUGUAAAGGCUCUAUCAUAAGCAGACAUUUUAUAUUGACUGCGGCUCAAUGCUUCCAUUUAGAUGAAGGAUUCCAUACUAUCAGCGUUGAAGUAGGAGGUAGGGAAUACAAAGCAAAGAACCUCCACCGUCAUAAUAAGUACAACCCAGCUGGCAAACAGGACAAGAAAGUGGAGAUAUCCUUUGAUUAUGAUUUGGCUCUCAUUGAACUACAAACUGGGAUAGAAUUUUCCACAAAAAUCAGACCCAUAUGCCUUCCAUGUACAUCGGGGACAUCCUGGGCUUUAAGGAAAAUAAAGAAAUCUGUAACGUGCAGUGAUCACGAAAAGGAAAUCCUCUCUUCAGAAUUGGUGAAGGCCAUGUUUUUUGCGGAGGAAAGUAGAAAUACGUUGGAGAGGAAGGAUGUGUUGAUAAAGCGAGGGAAUAAGAGACAAGCCUGUCUAGAUGAUACCAAAAAAAUUGAUAAAUUCAAGGAUAUUCCAGACAUUAGAGACGCUGUGACUGACAAUUUCUUAUGUACGGGGGGAAUGGAACCUCAGGUGGAUCCACAAACCUGCAAUGGUAAACAUUCAUAUUCUUUUGUCUUAGAACUUACUUUGGUUGUGUUCAUGACCACAACCCACCAGUGA